AUGCCCGUCGAACGGUUGAUACAUACCGACUGGACCUGCUGGGUCUCCUACGCCUGCAAGCCGCCGCCGCCUCUGAAUAGAAAUCGGUCUGCGCUUCAGCCCUCUGGCUCCUGCUCCUUCUCAAUCACCGGUCGUCCCUCAGCCCUUAGCCAUGGCUCCGUGUUCGGUUGUCCCUGCAUCCUUCCCUGGCGAUCUUCGAGCAAUGCUGGCGACGAGCCGCGGUCUGGUGCAUAUCCCCUCAGCGGCUGGCCGACACCUCAUCCCACCAGCAACCAACCGUCUCCUAGUCGUCGAGAGCAUGCCUUACAGCCCCCUCCUCUGACGACAACGUUAAGUGGCCAUCAGUUCCAAGGACUUGGGCUCGCGCUGGGGGCAGGCUACACAGGCACGCCUCUCUCGUCGACUUCAUUGUCCAGCCCAUUCACUCAAGGCUCUCCCGCCGUCGCCUCACCCGGAGGGGCCGCAAUCGGAUCGUCACCAAUGGCUUCGAGGCAAUACAACGUGCCUUACAAUCCCCAAGAUUGGGGUCCCGUGGGCAAUGGGUCAAUACAUGCUGGCCAAUCUACAUAUCCACAAACGAAUAACAUGCUGCGGAUCGUCUCCCAGCCACGGUCAACCGGGCCACGGUCAGAUGUUUCUUUAUCGCCGCCACCACCACCCUACUCACCUCCAAGCCAACAACAUCAGCGAGACAAUGGCAGCCAGAAUGCUUCCUCAAUGGGCUCGACAUCGCCAAGUCUUAGCUCUUCCUUUAACGGAGCGGUACGGGAUGCUCCAUUGGAAUAUCGACAACGCCGACUUCCCCGGACUCGCCCUCUAUCCAUGGCAGUGUCAAGUGAGACGAGCCACAAUAGACGAGUCUCGCUACCUCCGCCUCCACCGCUACCACCAAACAUUUCAUCUAGGUCCUCUUCUCAAAAUAGGGCGGAUACCUAUGGAGAACCAGCCACAGUCAUGGCAGGAUCGAGGCCGCACAUUGUUGUUUCGCCAGAAAACCUACGUUCCAUACAGUUGACUGAUGAGAACCACCUGUUUGAGACUGCGCAAUCUUUUGAUAUGGACCGGCCGCCGGCUGCAAGAAGAGCUGUUUCUGCCGGACCUGCCGUGAAUAGCGCGAGCUCCUCAAGGGCCCAUAGUCAAUCUGGCACCCGGUCCCCUUCGGGAACUAGUUGGGAGCCGGGGAUGCCUCUUCCACCACCUCCUCCUGGGCCACCACCAGCAACAAGAUCACAGAGUGUGAGUGGGUUAUCCGAUGGAUCCUCCAUCCGGAAUUCGCAAGCUCCUAUUAGAACAGGCAGGGCGCGGCCUCCUCCGGUCCUUGGCACAAGUUUGGACAGUAUUCCACCAACACCAGCUGGUUGGGUGGAUGAAGGGUCGACUGAUGCUAAAGGAAAAGGAGACAGGCUGCCACUUACCAUUGACACGGCGACGACAUCGAAUGCGAGCGGACCAGAAUCUCUCGAGUCUUCUCGCACGUCACAAAACCCCAAUAGUGGUGGCCUCUUCAGGAGCCCAGCUAUCAAGGACCCGAACGCCAAAGGCAUUCGAGAAAGGAGGAUCGAACGUCGGAACAGGCAAAGCCAGGUGUUCGAUAACCUCAGUGCUGUCUCCAUGAGUAGCAACCCUUGGGCUGAAGCUCUUGAGCAGCUCAAACCAUCCAACCUGGUCCUAGGAGAAUCGAGCAUGGAUUCGGAUAAUGCUCGAACCCAGGCUUCCGCAAAAUUCACACCACACAGCACUCGCAGCAUCGGCUCUGAUGGGCCGCCGCAGGUCACAUCACGAUCUAGAGCCUCUUCCGGAGGCUUGUUUUCAAACCGAUCCUGCUCAACCCCCAAGGCAGAGCCGAGCCCUCAGGGGCCGACUUUGACUUCGGGGUUUGCGCAGACACCACCGUUUUCCCCAGGCACGGAAAGGUCGUCUACGUUUCCCAAGCGAGCAUCGCCAGCAUUGCCCCCCAAAGCAUUGCCAACGCCCCCGCUACAAUCCGGACAGGACACAACGCCUUCCAGACCCGGUUCUAAGGAAGACCGACCGGUUUCGCAUAUACUGCACUUGCCAAACGAUACUGUCACUACGGUCUCUCCCUUAGCCCCACGUCGCGCGUUAACACAGCAAGGGCCUUCUCUUGACUCUGUUGUUAACCGCGAUGACGAAUUUGUGCGAAAUGCCAUGCAAAGACAUCGCGAGUUCAUUGAAAAGGAGGCCGACUCCCUGGACGAAAAAGAUGCAUUGCGGUUGUUUGCCGAAUUUAUUAUAUUGGAGUCCCAGAUUAGACGUGAGAGAUACGCUAAAGUGUGGAAUCUCGAUUCUUUCGAUGUCGAAGACGUCUGCCGUAAACUGUUCGUAUGCCCCCCAAAACCAGUGUUGGCACAGCAGAUUAGCCAGGUAGCACCUGGGCCGUCUUCCAGGAGGGCGUCCAAUCCUGGAGUACCCAAACUGGACAUACCUCAGACACGCCCCGAGUCCGCGUGGUGGAACAACUACAAACCGUGCCUCUCGCCGAUUGCAAGCCUCGGGUUGAGCAAUGAUGAAAUGAGUUCAAGAGGACGGGCGCCUAGCCGUUGGUGGGAGUCAAAGACCGGGUCUAGUAGUGAGGGGGGAGAGCGAAGAGUGCAGCGGUCAAAGAGGGAAACCAAAUACAUGGGGUUAUCGCGUGGAGCCCUGCAAUGGGAAGAAAGUCAAGCCUCGUCAGACACGGGGAAUGCUGGCGCGUCAAAUGGAGCAAAUCAGUACGCUGCGUACGGCCCUGAUGAAUACCCCCCUGAGAAAGUUGGAUGGCACGAGGAGCCUGCCCUGCCGGAUUGCCCCGACUCUGUUCGUCUUGGAUAUGUUAGGCGAUCCGAAGAUGCACAGAAAAUGGACGUCUCCAGACUGGUUACCUUGCCACCGCCAUACCCCAGGCACUAUCCAGCUGUCAACAAUAGCCAUCCUGACCUCGUUACCUACCGCACGUUGGUCCGAUCAAUAACAGACUUGACCGAGAUCAAGGCUACCAGACAACGGCACCAAACAGAGAUGGAUGGCUCGUUUCAAGACCACCAAGCACGAGUCAAAGAAGGUCGUCGGCAGUUCAAAGCCAACAUUCAAAGUCAGAUUCAACAAGGCAGUAUUACAUUCGCAGAAGCCGCGGAAGCAGAGGCCGCGUUGAUCGUCGAAGAGAAUCGACUUGAAAGGGAGCUGACCAAGAGCGGGCUGGAUACCUACCAAGAAUCCGUUCUGAAGCCAAUGCGUGGGAUUCUCACAGAUCGAAUCGACAGGGCUACGGCUUGUAUUGAUGAGUUACGCGGCAAACUGUUCGACGACGCCCGGUCUGAAACACCCGAUCAAACACAGGAGGAAGGAGAUGAAAAGCCAGAGCUCUUGGAAAAGCUUACGCAGCUCAAGUGGUUAUUUGAAGCACGCGAGCAGUUGCACCGCGAGGUGUUUGAUCUAAUCAGUGAUCGGGAUGAGAAAUACAGAGCCGUGGUCCUCCUUCCCUAUAAGCAGGCAUCUAACGAGGACAAAGUGCGCGAGACCAAUGAUUUCUUUGUCACAGAUGCAUUGGACCGCCGGGUCAACUUUGAGACUGAUUCUUUGGCUCGCCUCGAAUCCUUCCUGGAUGUAAUUGAGGAGAAUGUGGCUCGAGGGGUCGAAAUACAGCUGUCAGCUUUCUGGGAUAUUGCACCGUCGCUGUCAGCUUUGGUGCAGCAGAUUCCCGAGAAACUCCGCGGCUUCACGAUACAAAUCCCUGCUAACGAAUAUGACGAGAACCCGAGUUACCGUCCACAUCCGCUGCAGUACCUCUACACCCUGGUGUCUCAUGCCGAAAAGUCUAGCUACCAAUACAUCGAGUCCCAAAUCAACUUAUUCUGCCUACUGCACGAGGUCAAAUCUGCUGUUAUGAGAGCCAACUGCAAACUGAUGGAGGCUGAGCGAAUUCGCCUGGGUGAGGGAGAGAAUAAAGUGCAGCGGGAGAUGCAGCAGUCCCGGACUGAUGAAGAGCGCACAUUGACCAGCGAUCUGAAGGACAAGGUGGCUACGGUGGAAGGUCAAUGGGCGGAAGCUCUGGGGAGUGAAAUCCAACAAUUACGCGAACGGGUCAAAGAACAGCUGCUGGUGGAAGAUGGAUGGGAAGACAUGGAGCAGCUGGAGCAAGCGUGAGGAUGGAUGGCAACUUGGGCAACGAGUGAUGAUUGAUAUCGAGGGUUUAGUUUGAGGGGCUUCCCCAAUUAUGUUCCUUUGCUGUUCGCCGCUUGAUCUUGUGUCGCUGAAAGAUACCCACAUUCGUUUGCUAUUACUCCGUUACAAUGAAGCAUUUGUCUUGAUGUCU